AUACUCCACACCGAUAGGUGGCGGUAAUGCUAACCUAACUUUAUUGCCAACCGCCAAUAAAAUCGAGGAGAAGACGUUUGUUUUGCAUCCAGCUGGACGAUCAUCUUACAGUUUAACAAUGCAGCAACGUGAGGAGAAGCAGCUGGAAGCCUCGGUGGACUCCCUCAUCACUCUGGUGGCUCAUGUUAAAAACGCUCUGCAGAAUUUCAUUUACAAGCUGGAGAACGAAUACGAGCGUCUGACAUGGCCUUCUGUUCUGGACAACUUCGGGCUCCUGUCUGGUCAGCUGAACACCAUCAAUAAGAUGCUGAAGAAUGAGAAGACGCCGUCGUUUCGCAGCCAGGUUAUCAUCCCGCUGCUCCUGUCUCAGAAGCCAGACGACGAUCUAACCGUCCUCACAGAGCAGCGUGUCCCGGUGUUCAGCCAUGAGAUCGUUCCAGACUACUUGCGGACCAAACCUGAUCCAGAGGUGGAGGAGCAGGAAAAGCAGCUGAGCGCAGAGGCGGCACGCAUCGGUCCUGAUGUGGCACAGAAACAGAUUCAAGCGUUGAAUAAAAUGUGUUCCAAUCUGCUGGAGAAGCUCAACAACCCACGUGACGACAGAGAUGCUGAGACUGGCGCAUCACGACUGAACAAACCGUCCUUUAACCCCGGAGACACCAACGCUUUGGUUGCCGCCGUUGCUUUUGGAAAAGGGCUUUCCAAAUGUAGGCCUCCUGGCCCCAUGGCCCCUGGACACCCAGGACAGGGGCCCAUGAUGAGCGGGGGCCCAACCCUACAGCAGGUCACCAUUGGAGGUGGUUCAGGCCAGCAAGCAGGUAUGGGAGGACCUGUAGCUCCACAGCAGCAAGGACAGCCGGGAAAAAUGCCGAGCAGCAUCAAGACCAACAUUAAAUCUGCGUCUGGUUCAAUGCAUCCCUACAACCGAUGAGCCGCCGGCUGCUCCUCCUCCUCAGGCUGCAUGGAACGGAUGGAUGUUCAGGAAGCUGUUGCUCAGCUCCAGGCCGCCUCUGUGGAUCACAGUUUGAGUUUUACCAGCGUGAGGUUGGUGGAGCUCAUGUUUGCAGCCACUAGAGGGCACUGCGUCAUCAUUAAAGGGACUAAAACAACUUUAUAUGUUCAGACACUUCAUCUGAUUUUUUACUUUUUUUUU